AUGUCUCUUUUCGCACUUAUGCAGGUCUAUGUCGAAGUGCUGGACGAGAAUGAUAACACGCCGCUGACCGAGCUGCCAGUUUACUAUCCAUCCGUACCCGAGAACUCGCCCGCCAGCGUCAGCGUCCUGCAGAUCCGCGCUUUUGAUCACGACGUUUCGCCUCAGCAAUUCGUCUUCACCAUCAGCAGCGGCAAUCCGGAGGGAUAUUUUCUCAUCAACUCCACCACCGGUCUCAUCAGCACCAGUGGUAGGAAGCUCGAUCGUGAGAAUCAAGCGGAGCACGUGUUGGAGGUGACAGUGAGAGACAACGGCAGGCCGCCUUUGUCAUCGACUACAAGAGUCGUCAUCACGGUAGAGGACAUUAAUGAUCAUGGCCCUGAAUUCGAGCAAAAAUUCUACACGGUCCAGAUUCCGGCGUCGCCGGCGAACGACAAGCCACUCUUUCAGGUUCUUGCACACGACCAAGAUAUUGAUGACAACGGGAGAAUCCAAUAUAGCAUCAAAGGCGGUCGGGGAAAAGGCAAAUUUAAAAUUCAUCCCACCACGGGGAUGGUGUACUCUCAGCGUGGAUUCGAGGCUGGUCAAGAAUAUGAAAUGAUGAUACGAGCAACCGAUCACGGCGAGCCUCAGCGUAGUCAUCAGACCCGAGUUUCUGUUCAAGUUGUGGAAGCGCCGAAGGAAUCGGAGAACCCUCCAGUAUUCAAAACAAACAAUCAAAGCGUAGGAAUCACGGAGAGCGACGAAGUGGGCUUUUUAGUCGCCCUCGUUCAAGCCAAUGACAAAGACGGUGAUUCCCUGUGGUACGAUAUUUUAGACGGCGACAAGCGCGACGAGUUCUUCAUCGGUCGCGACAAUGGUAACGUGCUGCUUGCAAAGAAGCUGGAUUGGGAGACCCAAAAUUUUUACAAUCUUACGAUCGGCGUAACCGACGGCGUGCACACGACGCUGACGCAGCUACUCGUUACAGUGAUCGACAUCAACGAUCACCGACCAGAGUUUACCGAGACCACAUAUCGCGUCGACAUCUCAGAGAAUGUCGAGAAGGGCGAGAGAAUCCUGCAAUUGCACGCGACCGAUGAGGACGAGGAUAAGAAGGUCUUCUACAGCCUGCACGCGGCACAGACUCAGGCCUCACUUGAGAUCUUCCACGUGGACUCGGUUUUGGGUUCGGUUACGUUGAACGAGCCUCUCGAUCGGGAGACCAUCGAGGAGCACGUGCUGACGGUGAUGGUCAAGGAUCAGGGCACGCCAGCCAAGCGCAACUACGCUCGAGUAAUCGUCACCGUGCACGACCACAACGAUCACGCGCCCGAGUUUAUCAGCGAGAUCAUUCAGGGAAAGGUAUACGAGAGCUCGCCAAUUGGAACAGCGGUGGUACAGGUAUGUGCGAUCGAUCGGGAUCGUGGAGAGAACGCCAAGAUUACGUACUCGAUCACGUCCGGGAAUGUCGGCAAUGUGUUCACCAUCGAUCCGGAUCUCGGUUUUAUCCGCGUCGCACGCGAGCUCGACCUCAGCAUCUCCUCCGAGUACAUCCUUCUCGUGAAGGCGACCGAUCACGGUUCUCCCGCGUUGGCGAACACCGUGCCGGUACAUGUGAUGGUGACAAUGGCGGACAACGCGUCGCCCCGCUUCAUUCAAAAGGAGCUGUCCGCGGAGAUAUAUGAGAACCAACAGCUUGGCACGUACGUGAAACACGUGGAGGCGCGGAGUACGUCGUCGUUACAGUUCGAGAUCGUGCGCGGCAAUCGCGACGACACCUUCUUCGUGAAUCCGAGCACCGGCGUGAUAGUCAUCAAGAAUGAGCUGGACUACGAGAAAACUAAAUUCUUCAAUUUGACGGUGUCGGCUACAAACAUGGCCGGUGCUUCGGCCACCUGCAAUGUCAUCGUUCACGUGCUCGACAGGAAUGACAACGCGCCGCGUUUCCUGCAGGCUCAGUACAGCGGGGAAAUCAGCGAAGGUGCGAGCAUCGGUUCCCUCGUGUUGACCAACACGAGCGCACCGUUAGUCAUCAAGGCCGAAGAUGCGGAUUCCGAGUUAAACGCGCUGCUUAAUUAUGAUAUUGUCGAGGAUCUACCGCGAAAGUACUUCCACAUAGAUUCCAGCACCGGUGCCAUACGCACAGUCAUGCUGCUAGACCACGAGACUAUACCGAUGUUCUCGUUUCACGUAAAGGUCUCAGAUUUAGGCAAGCCGAAGCUCUCAUCCGAGACCACUGCCAAAGUGAUGAUAGCUGUGACAGAUGUUAACGAUUGUCCGCCCAAGUUCUCCAAGACUGAUUAUAAUGUCACGCUUCUGCUCCCGACGUAUAAGAACGUUGCCGUCACUCGGGUGAACGCCGUGGAUCCUGACAGCUCCGAGGGAGCCGCGUUGAGAUAUGACAUCAUCGAUGGGAAUAAGGCUCAUACCUUUGAUAUAGAUGCCCAGAGCGGCAUUAUUACGGUCCAUAAUCCCGAUCGUAUGAAGAAGAACUAUCUUCUCCACGUGCGAGUGUCAGACGGCAAGUACUCGAGCGUGGCGCAGGUGAACGUGAUAGUAGAAAAAUCGGAGAAUUCCGGUUUGAUUUUCCAAAAGAAUGUCUAUGAAGGUGCCAUCUUGGAGAACUCCACGAAGAUUGCAACCGUAGUGGUAGUAAACGUCCUUGGUAGUUCAUUGAAUGAGCACAUUAUAUUCAGCAUUCUUAAUCCCACCGACAUGUUUGUCAUCGGACCAACCUCCGGAGCGAUCAGGACCAACGGCAUACGAUUCGAUCGAGAAGUGUGCGAUCACUACGAAUUAAUCGUCGAGGCGAAAAGCCAUCCGCCGGAUCGAGAGAAGCCCAGGGUAGCUCACGUCAUAGUGAACGUCACUAUACUUGACAUCAACGACAAUUGUCCAAUGUUCGUUAAUUUACCUUACUAUGCUGUAGUUUCUGUCGACGCUCAAAAAGGCGACAUCAUCACAAAGGUUCAUGCGGUAGACAUGGAUAGUGGCGAUAAUGGCGAAGUGAGAUAUGAAUUGAAAAAGGGUCACGGGGAACUCUUCAAGGUGUGCCGGAAAACCGGUGAAAUAUCAUUAAAGCAGAACCUCGAAGGUCACAAUCGCGAAUACCAGCUUACGAUCGCCGCGUACGACGGCGGAAUAACGCCUUGCUCCAUUGAGGUGCCAGUCAACGUGAAGGUGAUAGAUCGUUCGAUGCCGGUAUUUGACAAGCAAUUCUAUACGGAUAGCGUGCUCGAGAGUAUAGAAGUGCAUUCACCUCUGGCGUUAUCCAUUCAAGCUGAGUCACCUCUAAAUCGCAAACUCAUAUACAGCAUUACUAAGGGUAAUGAUUUUGAGGAGUUUGCCCUGGACUUCAAUACGGCCCCUGACAGUAACAAUGGUCCUUGUGUAAUCUAUGUGGUGGAUGAACUGGAUUAUGAGCAAAAGAAGCAGUACGAGCUGACCGUGCGCGCAACCGACAGUGUAUCGGGCGUUUACGCAGAGGUACUCGUCAGCAUCCUCGUCCUGGACGUGAACGAUUGCCCGCCCGAAUUCACGCAGGAUUCCUACAACAUCUCGGUGUCGGAGGCGGCGGUGUUUGGGACCCCUGUCCUGCGAGUGAGCUCCAGAGACAAUGACACAGGCAUUAAUCAACAAGUUCGUUACGCUAUUCAAAAUGACACCGAGGACAGUACGGAUCUCUUCCACAUCGAUCCUGAUGAGGGUGUGAUAUUUCUCAAGCGAUCUUUAGAUCAUGAGAGUCACGAAUCCCAUCACUUCACCGUGAUUGCCAUGGACCGCGGCGUGCCGAGUCUGUCGAGUACGGCGCACGUCUGGAUGAGCGUGAUCGAUAUGAACGACAACCCGCCCAAGUUCGAGCAGCCCUCAUACACCUGUUUCCUAUCGGAGCAUGCCGAACGUGGUCAAUUCGUGACAGUGGUCACAGCCAGCGAUCCCGACUACGUCGAUGAGAAGCUGACGUACACCAUCGUAGGUGGGAACGAACAGCAGACGUACAAUAUUGACCAGUCGACCGGCAUCAUCUCGCUGAUAAAUAUGCAGAACUUUGGCGAGCAAAAACUCAGCAUGCUUAACGUAUCCGUCACCGACGGCGUCUACACCAGCUUCACCCGCGUCAAGAUCGAGAUCCUGCCCGCGAACAGGCACAAUCCGAAAUUCCCGAACCCGAUAGUCGAGGUAACCGUCCUGGAGAACCAACUGCCUGGUAGACUGGUCACCAGCGUGCUGGCGGUAGACGAAGACUUCGGCGAGUAUGGUACGGUGACAUACGCGAUAAUGUCGGAGAUGAUGAAGGAGAUAUUUGAGAUAAACAAGCUCACCGGCGAGAUAGUAACACGUAAGAAGCUCGAUCGGGAGGAACAGAAGCGCUAUGAAAUAUCAGUUAUGGCGACGGACGGCGGCGGUAGAUCCGGAUUCGUGAUGGUGCGAGUUAAGAUCGGCGAUGAAAACGAUAAUGCGCCGGUAUUCCUACUUAGAGAAUACAAAGCUACCAUUCAGGGCAAUCUGUCACUGAAUACACCCUUCCUAAAAAUCAGGGCACAAGACGCGGAUGAGGAUGAGGCAGCCAAGAUCGUUUAUUCCAUCUACGAACCGCAAACGUCAUCAGCUAGAUCUCUAUUUGGUAUAAAUCCCGAUACAGGAUCUCUUUAUCUGCAAAAGAGCGCUAUGCCGUGGGAAAACCAAUUGUUCGAAUUCUUUAUUCGUGCGGAGGACAAAGGUUUGACUACGCAUCAUGCCGAUGUACCGCUAAGUAUCUAUAUAAUGGGUUCCCACGAUGUCCCGCCUUUAUUCGAGCGAAAAGAAGAUAAAUUCUUUGUAAGAGAGGACUCUUCCGUCGGCACGCCGAUCACGAAACUCAAGACCGUCACAAACAGCACUGUAACAUAUCGUAUAGUAUCCGGCGAUGAAGAUAACCCGUUCUUUACGAUUGACUCUCAUGGCCAGAUUACUCUAACAAGACCAUUGGAUCGAGAAUUGAAAGACAGUCAUUUAAUCGGGGUUCUCGCUGAAACGGAUUCUAGUCCGCCGCUCACAGCUCUCGCUGAGAUCACUCUUCAGGUACUGGAUGAGAAUGAUCACGCGCCAAAAUUCGAAAGCAAUCCCUAUGCGAUUAGUUUGGCCGAAAACAUCGAAGAGGGGACAUCGAUACUCAAAGUUAUUGCGCAUGAUAAAGAUCUCGGUAGCAACGGCGAGGUGCGUUACUCCUUUGGAUCUGACAUAGGAGAAUUAGCGAACGUUUUUACAGUGGACGCUUAUACCGGUUGGAUAUCAACAUUGGUACAACUCGACAAGGAAAAGCAGCCGGAAUAUAAGUUUCAGGUGGUUGCUACUGACAAUGGAAAUCCGAAACACUUCGCGAGGACAUCAGUACACGUCAAGUUAAAAGAUUAUAACGAUAAUGCGCCCGCAUUCGUUGACGAUCGUUAUGAGGCUACGGUGAACGAAGACGCUUUACCAGGAACGGUUGUGGUAAAACUGAUCACCGUCGACAAAGACACAGAUGUCAACACACCGAUAGAAUUUUAUAUAACGUCAGGCGAUUCUAGAUCGCAAUUUCAAAUCAGGUCUACUGGCGAAGUGUAUGUGGCAAAAUCCUUGGACAGAGAGACUAUUGAUCGUUACGAGCUCCAAAUCGUUGGUACAGAUGGAAAAUAUGUUUUUGAAACAAAAGUGACGGUGCAAAUCCUGGAUGUCAACGAUAAUCCACCGUAUUGCCUCAGAUACCGUUACAGAGAGAUACUUUCCGAGGGCUCGCAUCCUGGUGCCUAUGUCUUGACUGUAUUGGCCACCGAUUACGACGACGAGCCGAAUGCUAAACUGCGAUUUUAUUUAACCGGUGACAAUAACGACAAAUUUUCGUUAGAUAAGGAAACCGGCGUGUUGAAAACCGUCGGGCAACUUGAUCGAGAGACUCAAGCCAAGUAUUCCUUGACAGCCCACGUGCAGGAUCGAGAUAAACCUACUUGGGAGUGUUCAUCGCAAUUGGAGAUUCUCGUUUCCGAUCUCAAUGACAACGCGCCGAAAUUCACUAUGUCAACUUACAGCAGCACUUUGCCCGAAGACGUGGAAAUCGGCACGUUAGUAACGAAGGUACACGCUACGGACGACGAUAUCGGUAUCAAUCGGAAGAUCCGAUAUGAAUUUAUUGAUUCAGCGGAUGGUCACUUUCUCAUCGCAGCUGACAGUGGAAUAGUCACGUUGGCUAAGCCAUUGGAUAGAGAAACGAAGGCCAUGUAUAAUGUUACUAUUCAGGCGCUUGAUCAGGGCACUCCUCAGCUAAUGGGGGUCGCAUCUCUUAUCGUUAACGUGCAGGACAUCAAUGAUAAUCCGCCGGAAUUCGCUUCUAAACUCUACUUCGCGAAGGUACCUGAGAUAUACGCAGUUGGUACCGAAGUGGCACGAGUGCUCGCCACCUCAAAGGAUACAGGAGUGAACGCUGAUAUAUAUUACUCGAUUGUCGGUGGCAAUGAGCAUAAGAAAUUCCAAAUAGACGCCAAGACGGGCGUUUUAACCAUCGCCGAACAGCUGGACUAUGAACGGGCUCGCGAUUACUUCCUCACUAUUCAAGCUAUUGACGGAGGCAUUCCGCCGCUGAGCAAUCACGCUACUGUCAAUAUCACCGUCACCGAUAGCAAUGAUAACGCGCCAAUUUUCAGCGAAGUUUCAUACAGAGCCUUUGUGAGAGAAGAUGCAAAAACGGGAGAAAAAGUUACGCAAGUUUACGCGAACGAUUUAGAUAGCGAGGAGAAUGGCAAUGUGUCGUAUUAUAUAGAACGUGGCGACAGACAGAAGCAAUUCUCCAUUGACAGAAAAACUGGACAGAUAGCUGUCACCGCGCCAUUGGACCGAGAAGAAAUUGCAAGCUAUGUGUUAGAAGUUCAUGCACGUGAUAAUGGUAUACCGAUGCUCUCGAGCUUCGUGAUGGUGAACAUCGAAGUUCUGGAUGCGAACGAUAAUCCACCGUUAUUUUCUUUGCCAAAUUACACAGCUGUUGUACAGGAAGACAAACCGCUCGGUCAUACGGUUUUACAAUUUGUAGUCACAGACGCGGACAUUGAACCGAAUGCUGACCCGUACACCUUUGAUUUUCGUUCCGGUAAUGAGGGCGAUGCGUUUCGGCUAGAGCAGGACGGUACUCUGCGAACAGCGACGAAGUUUAACAACAGAGUAAAAGAUAAAUAUGUGCUACAUGUUCGGGUGUUCGAUAACGGCAGUCCCCCAUUGUACUCGGACGCGUGGGUUGUAAUCAAGGUGAUCGAGGAAUCGCAAUAUCCACCAGUAAUCACGCCUCUCGAAGUGAUUAUCAAUUCUUAUAUGGAUGAGUAUUCCGGUGGUAUUAUUGGAAAAGUCCACGCAACCGAUCAAGAUCAGUACGAUACGCUUCUUUUCAGUUUGAUACCAUCCUCGCCAAUUCCAAGCACCACCGAUCUCUUCCAGAUAGAUAAGAUUGAUGGUACAUUAGUGGCCCUGCCCAGACUUGACGUAGGCGAGUACAGAAUAAACAUUAGCGUGACGGAUGGAAAGUUCCACUCGUACUCUGUCGUAAAAGUUAACGUCGAUCUAGUGACCGACAAAAUGCUCGAGAGUUCGGUAAUCGUGAGAUUUCGAGAAGUCAGCCCAGAGGAUUUUAUGCUGAGUCAUCGCAAGGGUUUCGUCAGAACUGUUCGCAACGCGAUGAAUUGCCGUCUUAAGGAUAUCGUCAUUAUCAGCGUGCAGCCGUCAACUGAUGAGGCGAACUUAAUCAAGUCGCGGGCGAUUCGCCAAGCGGUACACAAUGAUCUCGAUCUUCUAUUUGCUGUGAAGAAAGCGGCCAGUUCCGCGGGUUCAUCAGGUUUCUAUGCGUCAGAGAGCAUACGCGAGGCAUUGAACCAACACGUGGAGGAACUGGAGGAGUCGACGAAGUUAGUCGUCGAAGAGAUCGUUCGGUUCAAGUGCAAUAAAGGUUACUGUUUUUACGGUGACUGCCAAGACAAGAUCACUCUCGAUCCUACGCAAAUAACGCCCGUGUCCACUGACGUGAUGAGCUUCGUGUCACCGCGACACAAACAUAAAAUGGAAUGUAAUUGCAAGGAAGGAUAUGCCGGCAAUCACUGUGAAGUGGUAGUCAACGAGUGUGCCAGGGACCCCUGUCCUCUUUUCAAAGUUUGCGUGCCAGACUCCUCCAUUCAAGGGUACUCAUGCCAGUGUCCUGAAGGAUAUGCCGGUCAGACCUGCGACAUAGAUAUUUCCAAGUGCCACGAUGAGUCGUGUUACAUUCCGCGAAAUCCCAUAUCUUUCAGCGGCAAGAGUUAUGCGCGCUAUAAGAUCGACAAAGCGCUAAUACGACAAACGAUCGAAGAUCGCCUUAGCUUAUCCUUGAGGAUCAGAACGAUGCAGCCUACUGGCAACCUCAUGUACGCGGCCGGCAAAGUGGACUAUAAUAUUCUGGAGAUCGUUAAUGGCGUGAUGCAAUACAAAUUCGAUCUGGGCAGCGGCGAGGGAUUAGUUAGAGUGAGCAGUGUGUACGUGAGUGAUGGACAAUGGCACGAGAUUCAGCUGGAGCGAGAAAGCAACAGUGCCCGACUGACUGUAGAUGGAAAACACAUUGCUCAUGGUUCGGCGCCUGGUAUUAAUGAUAUUCUGAAUCUGCAGUCGGACGAUUUAUAUUUAGGCGCUGAAGUGAGGCAACAUCCAUCGAUUAUCGGCUUCGAAGACGUGCAGCGUGGUUUCGUUGGCUGUAUGGACGACGUUAGGAUCGCUCGGGUAUCUGUGCCAUUGCACAUGAGCGGUGCUAGCAGCGUGGCGAUCCUCAAGCGAUUCGCCAAUGUUGAGUUUAGCUGCGACACAGCGACCAUUCUGGUACCGCCGGGUGUCUGCGGUUCACAGCCGUGCCAGAAUGGUGGUACUUGCAAAGACAUGGGCAGCGACAAUUAUGAGUGUCAAUGUCACACCCGGUUCGCUGGUUUAGCUUGCGAGAUCGAUACGGAUCCGUGCGCCUCAUCGCCCUGUCUCUACGGCGGCCGUUGCAAGAUCGUGCCGGAAAGCGGUGAUUACGUCUGCGAGUGCGUCGGGCCGAGUCUGAGUGGCAAACGUUGCGAAUUUGGUAGAUACUGCAGCCCGAAUCCGUGCAGUCACGGCGGCGUGUGCGAGGAGGGAAACAACGGUCCGAUCUGCAAGUGCCAGGGCUUCACAGGCGAUCGCUGUGAGACCGAUGUAAAUGAAUGCGACGCAAGUCCGUGCACGAAUGGCGGCACCUGCGUGAACGAGAUCGGCACGUACAGAUGCAUCUGUCCACCGAAUAUGACCGGCUUGAACUGCGGCAACCCGGCUUUCUCUACGCCCAUCAUAUCCAGCCACUUAAACAUUCCAUGGGAGUAUCUCAUGUGGAUUGGCAUCGCGGUGCUGCUCAACAUCCUGCUCAUCGUCAUAUUCGUCGCUUUCUGGCGGAUGCGGACGAAGAGAACUAGAACGCGUGCCAACAACAUUAACAAUGAGACACGGAAGCAGAUGGUCUUGAAUUCUGCGAGGCCAAAUGAGCACGAGUUCAAGCGCAGUUCAAAACUGAGCAAUCUGGAAGUCAUACAGAGAGAACCUCCCCAAUGUCCUCCCAGACCCGCCUCCUACACUCCAAGCUCGAACAACGAGCCUGCCACGUAUGGUAACUCGGCAGCGGUGGCUCUAAAUAACUUGGACACCUUGCGCAGCUACGGUAGCGCGGGCGAUGAACUAGAGAACUUUCCGCCUGAUUAUCUACGGAAUUUGAAUCGCAGCACUCCCAUACCACCCCCGUCCCUGACCCUUGCUAACCCGGUCGGCGGGAAUGCAACUGGCAGCGACACGGACAGUCUACACAAGCCCACCUGGCAGGAGCAGAUGCAGCUAGCCUCCUUCAUAACCGACACUACUAAAAUCAAGAAUGACUUGAAACGAGCGAGCCCAGUGGUACCAGAGCUGACCACUGGAGGACUUCUACUAAACUCUUCUCGACGGACGCCUCAUGCGGUUGGAUCUUCCAUCACCUCCGUCACGUCCAUCGAGGAUGAUCCUCGCAUCGUCGGCGGGUAUCACUGGGACUGCUCAGACUGGGUUAGGCCGAGUCAGAAUCCCUUGCCCAACAUCACGGAGGUACCCGGCAGCGAGGUCCCAGACUCGUCCAGUUUCCAUAGCAAUGAGAGUAAUGAGUCUAAUACUCAUCAACUACCAUUGAUGCAUGGUCCAAUAGAUCCAACGAGGGACAUUGAGACGCUAAACGAAGACCAAGAAUCGGAAUAUGUCGGCGACUCCGAAUGCGGGACCGAGUUUUCGGAGCAAUAUCAUUGCGCGGAGACGCACCGUCUGAAUCCUCUCGAUAGCGGCGGUGAGGGAGAGUACAAAUACAAGAGCUCUGAGAGCUAUCUGCGUCACCCGAACUCAUAUCUGCCGCAUUACAAUAUUCACACCGACACCGAGAACGAGACGAAUCCGCUCAACGGCCGUCUUAGCACCCUCGAGUCCGACGAGGAAGAAGAAGAUGACGUAGUGCCUUAUGGUUUUCCGAGUACCCGUCGUAACCGAUGCCACAAGGUGAUCGAAGAGGACGAGAUUGGAUCCGUCAUCACCACGCUAGAGGAAAGGAACUCGCUAUUGGGUGGCGCAACCAGCAACAGCGAUCUCUCCACGAAUCUGUGCGAAAUCGACGAUUCCGAGUACGAGAUCACGGAUCAGAAGAGCAACGGACGCCUGUGGCUGUCGGGGAACGGCAUCACGCAGACCUCAGUGUGACGAACGGUGGUGCCGAAGUACGCGGAUAGACCGAAGCGUGCGAAAGCGUGUUUCUCCGUGUUUCUACGAUUGAGACGCGCGGAUAUCUGUGAAUAUGCAAUUUUGUACAUAGAGUGUUAUAUCGUCAUAGAGAAGUAAGACAGUCUGUACAGGCAGCUAUGAAAUAAGGAAUCCGUUUAUGCGAACCACCGGCGUGUUCUGGACGCACGUCGCGCAUGUGAUGUAUACCGUUACGGAAAUAUACAUCGCACCUUAAAUCUCCUCCUAUUUAGGUAGAGUUCAAGAAUCAGUGUACUUAAUCCUGCAAACUCAUGGCGAAUAGUUAUAUGUCUUACAGCUGCAAGCAGUGCGUACGUUGCGUAUGUCCAGAUCAGAAUCGAUGAAAAAAUUUA